AUGUCUGGCAUCGAGCAGCAGCAAACAAUAGAUGAGAAAAAGAUUGGUGUUACGCCUGAAGGCAAUCAGAUUAAUGAUGAAGCUAUCAAAGAUGACGGGGAACUCGAGCAAACCAUUGACCCCAAGAAGGAGAAGCUGCUUCUCGCUAAACUCGACUUACUAUUCACGCCGGUGAUCAUGUUGGUCUACCUUAGUUGCUUCUUGGACAGGACAAAUAUCGGCAAUGUUAAAGUCGCUGGGAUGCCAGAGGAUAUUGGGGCAUCUGAUCAACAGUUUUCCACCGCGGUCUCAAUUUUCUAUGCAACCUAUGUUACUUUCGAAACACCCUUCGCCAUCAUGUUGAAGAAGGUGACGCCUCGCGUUCUUCUCACGGGACUGUGCAUUGUCUGGUCUUUAACUACGAUAUUCUCGGGAUUCAUCCAUAAUGUUGGUGGACUGUACACUUCUCGACUCAUUCUUGGAGCCUGCGAGGCAGGCCUGUUUCCGAGCUUGACAAUCUACCUUUCUAUGGUGUAUCGCCGAGAAGAGCAAGCCCGCCGUAUCGCAUAUCUCUUCAGCUGUGCGGCAUUGUCAGGUGCAUUCGGUGGAUUGUUGGCCUAUGCAAUCCUGCAAAUGGACGGGGUGGCAGGUUAUGCGGGGUGGCGAUGGGUAUAUAUCAUCGAAGGCAUUUUCAGUAUAGCCAUUGCUGUUCUCGUCUGGUAUGGCCUGCCAACUGACCCAGCCCUUCAUCCGUGGUUGACGGCUGAGCAACAACAAAUGAUGAAGAUUCGCCAACAACAGACCGCCGCCUACAUGGGUAGUGAUGAGUUCAAGUGGGAAGAGAUCAAGAUCGCCUUCAAAGACCCCAAGCUAUAUCUCAGCGGGGGUAUCCAAUUCUGUCAAGAUAUCCUAUUAUAUGGCUUCAGCACUUUCCUCCCGGCAAUUCUAAAAUCGAGCGGCUAUGAUCGACUGCAGAGUAAUCUUCUUACGAUUCCGGUCUACAUUGUGGGGGCUGCCAUCUUUAUAGUCGCCGCCGUCUUUUCUGACCGGUUCAUGCUACGAUCCCCAUUUAUUCUUGUUGCCAAUAUUUUCGGAAUUGCGGGCUAUAUCGUCCUUCUUACAGUCUCGAAUGAUACGACCAAGUUUGCUGCAACCUUCUUGUGCGCUGUAGCCGUCUACAUUGGACCUGGCGUCAAUAUCACAUGGCUAAGUGUCAACGUUGCACCACAUUACCGUCGAGCGGCCUCAAUUGGUCUGCAGCAGACCAUUGCGAAUACUGCUGGCAUUGUUGCCGGGCAAAUCUACCGGAAAUCACCAUACAAGCUCGGCCAUGGAUUCUCACUUGGUGCCCUCUGUCUCAGUCAACUGUUGAUUGUCGCCAAGAUGAUAUACAUCAAAUGGUGGAACGUCAGAAAGGACAAGAUCGCUCGUGGUGCAAUCGAAGAUACUAGAAACGUCAAGACUGGUGAUAGAGAAUUGGAUUUCAGAUAUCACAUGUAG